CUAAAGACUCAUUUCAAUAUACUGGCAAACGGAUAUUGCGUGAAUUUGAAGAAAGUGACCAACUCGCUUCUUCAGGGAACUCUUCAAGUAAUAUUCGAGUUGCUUCAGUUGCCUCUAACAAAUCGUGGUUAUGUAUGGAGCGAAGAGGACGUUGGAGGCAGGUCAAUAUUUGACCUAUUUGGCGAUUGUUUUGAUGCUGACAUCGAUUCCCUUCGUGCCUCUAUUCUGGACGUUCCUUCCAACCCUGCUUCCACGAAAAUGGAUGAGAAUGAGAUCGAUUUAGAUGAUUUGGACGAAGAGGACGAAGAUUCUCCAACCGUCGUCAUGGGUCCUGCUCUGCCGCCUCCUUCGGCGCUUCAGUCUUCGAUGGAGGAGCAGUCCGAUAGGCUCAUCGGUCCCACGAUUCCGGACGAGAUCUUGGCGGUUCUUUCGCAGGGAGCGGUGGUGCAGGUGGAGAACUCGGACGAAGAGAUCGGUCCUGCUCUGCCCGGCGAAGAAGCGCGGAAACCGACGGAGGAAGCUCUGGCGCAAGUGAUGCAAAAGCGGGAAGCGCGCGAGCAGAGGACCGAGGGGAAGAAGCUGGAGCGCUGCGAGUGGAUGACGAUGCUUCCCGACAGCGCGAUUUCGUCGGCGUUCGCAGCAACGCGGCCUCGCCGCUUCGCCAAUCUGCCUCCGGGAUGCACCAUGGAUCCGAGCUGGACGGAAACUGCGGAGGAGCGAGCGAAGAGGGAGCGCGACUACUUGUCGAAGCACGUCAUCGGCGGUCUGAGCGAGGAGAGCGAGAAGGAGAAGGAAUCGGCGAUGACGAAGGAGCGCGAGCGCGAAUUGGACGCGUACUUCGAGCAGCUGGACAAGGAGAGAGAGUCGCUGUCGCAGAUCUACCAGCGCGUGGGCGAUCUCGCUCCCGUUUCCCUCCUAGAUCCGAAGGGAGAAAGCAGAGAAGGGACAGAGGGAUGAUCGCUACUCGCGCGAGGCGCUGUUUAAAAGACCUCGUCGCUCGUCGAGCGGUCCGAACGGUCCGAACGGUCCGAACGGUCCGAACGCGGGAAGCGGAGGCGAGUUCCUGGCUCACGGCGGGUCGUUGAAGAGUCGCUUUGGAUCUGUAUCCUACCAGACGGGGUCGUUGU